ACGAAGAAAGGGAGAGAAGAAGAAGGAGGAGCUGUAGAGUUUACCGUUUGUGAACUUUAACUUGCUGUUUGCAAUUUAUUGUCACCUUCCGUUGAUGUGUGUGCGUGGAUAUCCGAAUCGAUGUGUCCCUGAACGCAGCAUCAUGGAUCAGAGUGAGGAGCUGAAAGAAGGAGAAACUCUGCCUGAGACUGAGAACCAGAGCAAAGCUAAGAGCAAACAAUCUGACGAUGAAGUGGAACCAGAAUUCUGGGAGACUAGGUCCAGACAGGAUUUUAUUGAUUUUAAAUCAAACCAGCCUUCAUCUAGAAAGAGAGUGAAGCAGAUCUCAGAGGUUCCUAGUGGUCAGUCUCCCCAACAGCAUCAAACAGAGCUGGACUCCAUAUUUAAGGAGCUGAAAAAGAAGAUUUUCACCUUUGCGGAAAGUGAGCUGAAAAAGAUCCAAAUGGUUCUGGGUUCAGAUUACCCAGAAGGUUUAGAUGAGAAUAAGGAGGAGGAUGAAGUUUUGGCAGGUGAAAAUAAGCAGCAGAUGAAGAAGAGCAGAGAAGCAUUUGAGAAGAUCACAGAGCAGUUCCUGAGGAUGAUGAACCAGGAGAAGCUUGCUGACCAUCUUCAAAGCAAAUCAUUCACCACCUGUCAACAAACACUAAAGUCUAACAUGAAGAAAAAGUUCCAGUCUGUGUUUGAAGGAAUCACAAAAUCAGGAAAUCAAAGCUUUCUAAAUGAGAUCUACACAGAGCUCUACAUCACAGAGGGAGGAUCUGAAGAGGUCAAUGAUGAACAUGAGGUCAGGCAGAUUGAAACAAUGUCCUGGAAACCAGAAAGGGCAGAAACAGCAAUUAGACAUGGAGACAUAUUUAUACCCUCACCUGAAAGAGAAGAACCAAUAAAAACAGUAAUGACAACAGGAAUGGCUGGUAUUGGGAAAACAGUCCUGACACAGAAGUUCACUCUGGACUGGGCAGAAGACCAAACCAACCAGGACAUCCAGUUCACAUUUCCAUUCACAUUCAGAGAGUUGAAUCUGUUAAAAGAUGAACAAUUCAGCUUGGUGGAGCUUGUUCACCACUUUUUUAGUGAAACCAAAGGAAUAUUAAAAUUUGAAGAGUUAAAGGUUGUGUUCAUUUUUGAUGGUUUGGAUGAGAGUCGAUUUCCACUGGACUUUUACAACAAUGAGAUCCUGAUGGAUGUAACAAAGUCUACGUCAGUAGAUGUUCUCCUGACAAACCUCAUCAGCGGAAAACUGCUUCCCAAAGCUCACCUCUGGAUAACCACACGACCUGCAGCAGCUAAUAAGAUCCCUGCUGAGUUUAUUGGCAUGAUGACAGAGAUCAGAGGAUUCACUGACCCACAGAAAGACAUGUACUUCACAAAAAGAUUUAAAUCUAAGAAGCAGGCAAGCUUGGUAAUCUCCCAUGUAAAGAAAUCCAGAAGCCUCCACAUCAUGUGCCACAUCCCAAUCUUCUGCUGGAUCACUGCUAAAGUUGUGGAAGACAUGUUGAACAAGAAAGAUGGAGAAGAACUGCCAAAGACCCUGACUGAGAUGUACAUUCAUUUUCUGGUGGUGCAGGCCAAACUGAAGGUCAUCAAGUAUGAUGGAGGAGCUGAGACAGAUUCAAACUGGAGUCCAGAGAACCAGAAGAUGAUCAAGUCUCUGGGAAAACUGGCUUUUGAUCAGCUGCAGAAAAGAAACCUGAUCUUCUAUGAAUCAGACCUGGCAGAGUGUGGCAUUGAUAUCAGAGCAGCUUCCACAUACUCAGGAGUGUUCACACAGAUCUUCAGAGAAGAGAGAGGACUGUACCAGAUCAAGUUGUUCUGCUUUGUCCACCUGAGUGUUCAGGAGUUUCUGGCUGCUCUUCAUGUUCACCUGACCUUCAUCAAAUCUGGAGUCAAUCUCCUGGUAAAAGGCAAAAUGAAAUCCAAGGAAAUAGAAAAAAGAAACCAUGAAUCUUCAGAGACAGAAAUGUACAAGAGUGCUGUGGACAUGGCCCUAGAGAGCCCAGAUGGACACCUGGACUUGUUCCUCCGCUUUCUACUUGGUCUUUCACUGGAGACCAAUAAGCGUCGCUUAAGAGGCUUUGUGGCACAGACAGAAGAAAGUUUAGCAAUUAAUAAAGACACAGCCCAGUACAUCAAGGAGAAGUUGAAUCAUCAUGGUAUUGAGAAAAGCAUCAAUCUGUUCCACUGUCUAAGUGAACUAAAUGAUCAGUCUCUGGUGGAGGAAAUCCAACAGUCUUUAUGUACAGGAAGUCUUUCAGCACAUCAGCUGUCUCCUGCUCAGUGGUCAGCUCUGCACUACAUCCUACUUUCAUCAGACAAAGGUCUGGAGAUAUUUGACCUGAAGAAAUACUGUGCUUCAGAGGAAGCUCUUCAGAGACUGCUGCCAAUAGUCAACGCCUCCAGCAAAGCUAUACUGAGCGGGUGUAACCUCUCAGAGAAAAGUUGUGAAGCUCUGUCCUCAUUUAUCAGCUUAACGACCUCUAGUCUGAAAGAUCUGGACCUGAGUAACAAUGACCUGACAGAUUCAGGAGUGAAGCUGCUCUGUGAGGGACUGAUGAGUCCCAACUGUGAACUCGAGAUUCUCAGGCUUUCAGGCUGCCUGAUCACAGAGGAAGGCUGUGCUGCUCUGGCUUCAGCUCUGACUGUGAGCUCCUCUCACCUGAAGGAGCUGGACCUCAGCUACAAUAAUCCAGGAGAGGCAGGAAUGAAGAGUCUAGAAGCUAUAUUGAAGAAUCCAAGCUUCAAACGGGACUCUCUGAGCAUGGAGCCUGCAGGAGACAAAUGGAUGACAGCAGGUCUGAGGAAGUAUUCCUGUCCACUAACAGUCGACCUAAACACUGUAAACAGAUUCCUCAAACUUUCUGAUGAAAACAGGAAAGUGACACGUGUGGAAGAGGAGCAGCCGUAUCCUGAUCAUCCAGACAGAUUUGAUCUCUAUCAGCUGCUGUGUACUGAUGGUCUGACUGGUCGCUGUUACUGGGAGGUUGAGUGGGGUGGGAAAGUCUAUGUAUCACUGAGUUACAGGGGAAUAAAAAGAAAGGGAGAGAGUGAUGACAGCUGGUUUGGAUUUAAUAAUAACUCCUGGUGUCUAGUCUGCUCUAAUGAUGGUUAUACUGUCUGGCACAAUAGUAAAAAGGUUUUAAUCCCCUCCUCCUCCUCUAUCUCUGGCAGAGUAGCUGUGUAUGUGGACUGUCCUGCUGGGACUCUGUCCUUCUACAGAGUCUCUUCAGAGACACUGAUCCACAUCUACACCUUCAACACCAAAUUCACUGAACCACUUUAUCCUGGAUUUGGUCGGGAUUGUUCGGGGGAGUCUUGGUGCUCAUUUUAGUCAUUUUUUCAAGUUGGAAGCAACCUAACUUUUUUAAAAUCCAAGAUAUGUUCUUAGAUUAACAUCUAUGUAAGUAAGACUUUAUUUUAAUCCUACGUUGAUAUUUUUUAAGAUCGAUUUAUUUAACUUGCAAUUAAUCACAAAGGUUUCUGUAGUUUUUGUAUGCAAUUUACUAGGGACUGUGAAGAUUGGGCUUUAGAGUAAUGGAAGAAGAUCAUGUGGUCUGAGUUCAGAUUUACCCAGUCACACACAGUCAUUAUAGAGUUAAUUCAUAAUGUCUAUAUUCCUAAGAUUUCAUGAGAUGAAACUCACUCACAAUCAAAAGGGAAAAAAACCCAGCAAAACAUUAAAUUAGACUGACACACUUCGCAGACUACUAAGAAAAGUUUGGAAAUGCAUCUUUACAUUUACAGAUCUAUAGAUCUGUCUAUGGAAAUGUAUCUACCAAGAUAAGUUAGAUAAUAAGGAUACAUAAAAUUAGGCUCAAUAAUACUCUUCUGGAAAAUUUAAUAAUUCUCUCCUCUGAUUCUGGUUCUGGCUUUGUUGUUGCCUCUAUUCCCCAUUAGUGUCAGUUGCUGCCUCUGCUGUGAAAUGGUGGUACUGCAGUGGAUUUCAGCCUGAUUUAGUAAUUUCUUCUGGAUCCCAUUUAAUACUAAUUCGGGUCGCUUUCAUUGUAAGCCUGCUAUUCGCAGUGUGUGCACUGCAGAUUGCUGUAUUCGUUGACUUACUGUUGGUGGUGAAAUCUUGCCUUCCCAGCUGAAUGAAUCUCACCUAAGGAUAAAAUAAUUUUUCCCUCCCCUUUUCCAGACCAAUAGGAGCCUGAACAGCCACAUAAACACAUUUUAAUGAAAAAAACAAACAAACUCCUUGAGCUUAGCAAUCAGACCGCAGCUGUUGGGCUCCGUUCUCCUUCAGUAAUGUCAUGCAAACUGUGUGUUUUUCCAAGAAGGAGGGCUUUUUGGUUGAUUUAACACUUUAAAUCUUUUGCUAGCUAAUUAGAGACCAAAUACAGCAACCAGAUGUACAGUUUGACCUCAGAAAAUAUUGUUCUACCAUUUAAGAACCUUAAAUAGGUACUUUGAGUUGCACUGUGAAAUAAACUGGAAACCAAUGUUGUGCAUCAAGAUUAUAAUUAUGUGAAAACUUGAAAAAAAGAUUAAACAAAAGCAUUAAUUAUUUCCGGUUCAGGGUGUGAGACGAUUGAGAUUAGUUUAGUAGGUGAUUAAGAAAAGGAGUAUAUUAGAGACCAAAGUAAAACCUGAAUCUAACAUUUUGCCAUUUUUAACAGACUUCUUGGUUCUUUGUCAAAAUCUUAAUUCUUGACCCGCAUUUUUAUGUACAUCUUUGUUCUCUAUUUGUUAGAAAACUGGUUAACAUGUACUUUUUUUUCUCAACUGCUGUUGGUUCAUUGAAGUCUAUAAUGUACAUUGUUGAUGCAUUUGUUUGAAUUGCACUAGUAUGUAUGUUACAGUAAUAACACAAUGAAGUCUUUAUAUUGCUGAAAUAUUUGGAAGCAUGUUUCAGUAAUAAGUGGCACACAUGAAUGUUACAAAUAUUUGUGUAAAAUUAAGGUCUUGAAAUCAUUUUAUCUGCACUACAUUAUCUAUUUAUAAUGUAUUUUGUCAAAAUCAUGAAGUUUGCAAAUGGUUUUAUUUAUUGGUUUAUGUCCUUUUACCAGUUACCUUUUCAGAACUGGAUGGUCAGGAUGGUGUUUGCUUUUUCCUCUCAAUAAAUAAACUAAUCUUGGCUCUUUC